CUGUUAGUCAGACAGGUGGUGGGAGACAGAGGACGAUUCGGACGCAUUAGAGCACCUCUCACUGUCUUUGUCUAAUGAAUCUUCCAUCAGGACAGCAGUGAUAAAUAUACACUCCACUACACCCAACCUGAGGACUCUUCUGUUGCAGGGAUCAUGGUCCGUGUCGCAGCCCUGAUCACUUUUCUGGCCUGUGUGGUGCUGUCAGAGGCCCAACAUGAGCCGGGCUACUGUGCUUUCUAUGAGGAGUGUGGCGAAAACCCAUCACUAGGAGAAACCCUCAUUCCUCCUAUCGUCCCAUGUCUCAAUUACUCCCAAGCCCGGCCCAUCUCGGGAGAUCACUACAAGAAACUCCAACAGGUGUGUCCCAUGCUGGACCAAGGAGAGGGCAACACGUUCGCCUGCUGCUCCAUCAAACAGCUGAAUUCCCUGGAGACCAGUCUGACCCUGUCCAAGGCGGUGCUGAUCCGCUGCCCCUCCUGCGCUGACAACUUUGCCCACCUGCACUGCAUCACCACCUGCAGCCCCAACCAGAGCCAGAUAGUGAAGGUCACAAAGGUCAUGAACGUCACUCAAAUGGGCCAGCAGAAGGACGCCGUGGUGGGUUACCAGGCGUUCCUCACCACCGACUUCGCAGAUGCCUCCUUCCAGUCUUGUAAAAAUGUCAGGAUCCCUGCCACAGGAGGCUUCGCCAUCGCAACCAUGUGUGGCCGGUAUGGUGCCAAGCUGUGCACCCCCCAGCGCUGGUUUGAUUUCCAGGGGGACUCCAGUAACGGACUGGCUCCCCUGGACAUCGACUUUCACCUAAUGAAAGAGGGGGAUACCACAGGAGUCCCAGAGGGUGUGAUUCCCUACAACGGGCGUGCUCUGAGGUGCAACGAGACUACGCCAUCAGGGGGGGAGGCCUGCUCCUGCCAGGACUGUGAAGAGUCGUGUCCGAGUGUCCCACCUCCUGAUCCGCCAACUCCACCCUUCACUGUGUUGGGGAUAGAUGGUUACUUCCUGAUCUUUGUCAUCCUGCUCUGUCUCUUGGUACUUGCCUUCCUGACAUACCUUGCUGCCUGUGUGAGGUCUAGAAAAGGAAAAGAUGAAGAGAAGGGCAAGAGAAAGAAGAAAAGCAAAGACCAGAACAGAAAUGAAAUUCCUCAGGAGGUUAUUCAUCCAUCAGAGGUGACAUGUACUGACAAGAACAGCUUGGCUGCUCAAGCUUUCCUUAGCUCGGUGUUUCGGGUGUGGGGAACCACUAUGGCCACUUAUCCGCUCAUGGUGCUCCUGUUGUCAGCUGUAAUCGUGGCUGUUUUUGCUGUCGGCCUCAAGUCCAUUCAGCUAACCACUGACCCGGUUGAGCUGUGGUCUGCACCCAACAGCCGUGCCCGUCAGGAGAAGGAAUUCCACGAUGCACACUUUGACCCCUUCUUCAGAACAAACCAGCUGAUCUUGACAGCACCAGGAAGAGAGGGACACAUUUACGACUCGUUGCUGUUUGGACAGCAGAACUUCAGUGGUCUCAUAUCCAAAGAUCUCAUCAUUGAGCUGCUGGAGCUCCAGACACGAAUACAGCAAAUCGAGUUCUGGUCAGAAGAUCUGAACCGUACCGCAAGUCUGAAGGAUGUGUGUUUCGCACCGCUGAACCCAUCCAACCCCUCCCUGACUGACUGUGCAGUCAACAGUUUGCCACAGUAUUUCCAGAACAGCCUGGAUAACAUUAACGCUAAAGUGAAUAUGACGGAGCUGGGGGUGACCAAAGAGGUGGACUGGAGAGACCAUCUAAUCUACUGCCUCAACUCUCCGCUGUCCUUCCAAGACAUCACUGAUUUAGGUAUGAGCUGCAUGGCCGACUAUGGAGCUCCAGUCUUCUCAUUUCUGGCUGUGGGAGGCUAUACAAAUGACGAUUACACCAAUGCUGAGGCUUUAAUCAUGACCUUCUCCCUCAACAACUACGCUCGCAGCAACCCCAAGUUCAACGUGGCUAUGCAGUGGGAGAGCGAGUUUCUUAAGAUUGUCCAGGAUUACCAGAAAAACCCAGCAGCCAACUUCACCUUUGCAUACAUGGCAGAGAGAUCUCUAGAGGAUGAGAUUAAUCGAACAACGGCAGAAGACAUCCCCAUCUUCAUGAUCAGCUAUGCUGUCAUCUUUGUUUACAUCGCUGUGGCACUGGGGGAGUACUCUUCAUGUAGACGCAUACUGGUGGACUCCAAGUUCCUGGUGGGUCUGGGUGGGAUCCUGGUGGUCGGCUGUUCUGUCCUUUCCUCCAUGGGUUUCUACUCAUGGAUCGGCAUCCCCUCCUCACUAGUCAUUCUGCAGGUCGUGCCUUUCCUGGUGCUCGCUGUCGGAGCUGACAACAUCUUCAUCUUUGUUCUGGAGUACCAGAGAGAUGUACGGAGGCCCGGAGAAAAGCGAGAGGAGCAGAUUGGUCGUGUCCUCGGAAACGUAGCUCCCAGCAUGCUACUGUGUAGUCUGUCUGAGUCUGUCUGCUUCUUUCUAGGGGCCCUGUCCACCAUGCCAGCAGUGAAGUCCUUUGCUCUGUAUGCUGCUCUGGCUGUGAUCAUGGACUUCGUCCUCCAGAUGACAGCCUUCGUGGCGCUGAUGUCCCUGGAUGCCCGUCGCCAAGACAGCAACCGCUGUGAACUGAUCUGUUGUGUUAAAGUGGGAAAAGAGCGUCCCAACAAGCCAAACGAAGGCAUUCUGCUGCCCUUCAUGAGGAAAUUCUAUGCCCCUGUCCUACUGAACAGCUUCACCAGAGUUAUAGUGAUGCUUGCCUUCAUCUUCAUGCUCUGUGCAUCCUUAUACCUCAUGUUCCAUGUGACAGUGGGUCUGGAUCAGGAGCUUGCUAUGCCUAAGGGCUCUUACAUGCUGGACUAUUUCCAAUACUUGUACAAAUACUUUGAAGUUGGAGCCCCUGUUUAUUUUGUGACCAAAAAAGGCUUCAACUUCACCAGUGUGGAGGGCAUGAAUGCAGUAUGUUCCAGUGUGGGCUGUGAUCAGUUCUCAUUGACCCAGAAGAUCCAGUACGCCACCAACUACCCUGAACGAUCCUACCUGGGCAUUCCUGCUAACUCGUGGGUGGAUGAUUUCAUUGACUGGUUGAACCCUGGAUCCAGAUGUUGCCGUCUGUACACCCUCGGUCCAAAUACUGGAAACUUCUGUCCUGCGAACGAAUCCACGAUUCUCUGCGGACGCAGGUGCAUGUCCACUCCUUCAGAUGGCGUCCUCAGACCCAGUGUGGAACAAUUCAACCGCUUCCUCUCAGACUUCCUGAAUAACCGGCCUGACCUGCAGUGCUCCAAAGGUGGUUUAGGAGCCUAUGACAAAGCCGUGGUGAGAGAUGAGAGUGGAGAAAUAAUAGGUAAAUCCCCUCAAGUUAACUCAGACCCGUCAAGGUGUUAUUUAGGAAGAAAAGAUACAAGUACAUCAACCCUUUUUCCUCUUUUCUUCUCAGCCUCCAGAUUCAUGGCUUACCACACGCCUCUGACUAACUCUCAGGAGUUCACAGCUGCCUUACAAAUGGCCAGAGAGCUGGCAGACAACAUCACCAAGGGCAUGAGACAAAUACCAGGCACCUCACCCGACUUUGAAGUGUUUCCUUACACGGUUACCAAUGUAUUUUAUGAGCAGUAUCUGACUAUUGUGCCAGAGGGAUUCUUCAGCAUCUCGCUCUGUCUGUUGCCGACCUUCGUGGUGUGCUGCCUGCUGCUGGGUUUGGAUCUGCGCUCCGGCCUCCUCAACUUGCUCACCAUAAUCAUGAUCGUCGUGGAUACCGUUGGUGUCAUGACCCUGUGGGGCAUCGAUUACAACGCUGUGGCUCUCAUCAAUCUAGUCACGGCGGUGGGCAUCUCUGUGGAGUUUGUGUCCCAUAUGACCAGAUCAUUUGCCCUCAGCAUAAAGCCCACACGUGUGGAAAGAGCAAAGGAGGCCACAGCCAAUAUGGGCAGUGCAGUGUUUGCUGGUGUUGCUAUGACCAACCUGCCAGGCAUCAUCGUGCUGGCGUUUGCCAAAGCGCAGCUCAUCCAGAUUUUCUUCUUCCGGUUAAAUCUUGUCAUUACACUUCUGGGGCUGGCACAUGGACUCAUAUUCCUUCCUGUCCUACUCAGUUAUUUUGGUCCUGGUGUCAAUAAGGCUGUGCUGCUGCAAGAACAACUGAAGGCGAAUUCAAAGGCCAACGAUGAGCUGAGGAUGAGCCAAAUGAACCAAGUUUAUGAUAAUUUGAGCUAUGAAGAAAAUGAGGUUAAAGGGGGCCCGCGUUCUCCCUCUGAUGCUAGGAGAUCUUCAUAAAUCACAGAAAAGCAACGGGAGGACAAAAUCGACCACUUCUGGGCAUCAAGAACUCGUUUCAAGCUCUAAUGACCAAAUAUCUCUGUAACAUGCCGAGCAAGGAUGCACUCAGAGACGGACACGCAGCAAACAAGGAGUCAUAUAUGGCUCCAUGUGGAAAUCAUUAACUUAACUAUGUGCCUCAAUCAAAAAUGGACCUGUGGGACUGAAGAUAACAACGCUCAGUUGUGCAAUAAUGCAGAGGAAUGCAACAGUGGACUAUGGCAGCCUUCCUGCCUCAACAUAUGAAAAGCCUCAAUUGUAGAAUUAUUUAACAGGAUGGGAGUUGACAGAAGCUCUAGAAUGAGAUAUUUUAUAUUUUUUAUCGAAUGUAAUUAUUUUAUAUAUGUGUGAAACAAUAGCACUUAAAGGAACACACACUCCAGCAUUUUAUAGUGUAGUUUCUUCAAUUGCAGUACGAUGCUAUUGCUGUAAAAUGUGCAAUCAGUGGAGAAAUAUUAGAAAUGUUUACUGUGUGAAUGAACGUCUUUAUUAAAGACAUUUGUCACUACAAUUGUCCCUGAUAGGUUAUUAUAAAUUACACGUAGGGAAUAAGAGUCAUGCAGUAAUGUUUAUUUAGCUAUAACAUUAUAUACAGCGUGUCACAAAAGAAUUGACAUCAUUUGAGAUGUCCAUAUUGGAGAAGUGAUACUUAAUAGGAUUUAUUUUGGACAUAAAAUGUUUUAUUCUAAAAAUUUCAAAUGAAAAACUCUGGGGGAUGGUAAUUUUAUAAUGUUCCAAAGUUAUUACAAAUGUUCUGAAACUUCUAAAACUGCCGGCUGUCCAGAUCCUUUUUUCCAACACAAACGACCAAACUUCUUAUGCCACGUCCAAAUCUGCUUUCUUGUUGGCACUUGCUUAGGAAAUUUUCUAACAAAUUUAUGUUGUGAAUUCACAUUUGACUGCGAACACCUUUUCUGUUUCAGUAAACGGCAUGUCUAUUUCUGAAAGCAGAAAAAUAAAAUUAUUAUACUUUUUGAGCAAACAAAUUUUAAACAACGCAACGGUCCAGAUACGUAACUGGUCCUUUACCAGAACUCACAACACUGUUGAAUAUUCCUUUUAAGUUUUAUUGUAUUAAAAAGAGAUGCAUUUUGAGCUGAAGUUGGCUUUACUUCAACUUAAAAGGUACUGAAAAAGAUUUGGGCAUUUAGAGUUUCACAAUUAUCUUUUUUUUUAUUUGAUAAAAUAAAUAAAGGAAACAUUCUUCCACAAUAUGAGUCUUUGAGAAGCGGAAAUAAAAUUUGAUCAAAGCGCUUUGACAACAUGAACGUUUGCAAAGAUUUUAACACCUGAACAAUUUUCUGGUAUUUUACAGAUUUUCCCUGUUCUGUGAAAUUAGUUAAGUAGUAAAAUCAGAGAAAAAAACAUUUAAAAAAUCUGUAUUUUUACAGAGGACUUAGUUUAUUUAUUAUUAAAAUUACACCAUUCUACUGUAUUUAAAUUAGAUUAAAAAUCUUAUUUUAUAGAUGGCCAGUUUUCAGUGCCAUAUGAUGAAGUUUUUACAGUAGUUUUUUUAUCAGAUUUUUUCCUGGUAGAUCUCCUAAGAUCUGAUCUUCAGUUUCAGAAAAGAGGACAUUCUAACUUUCCUGGCAAAUGAUCAAAUUAAAAGAGAAGUUGCGAAUUAAAAGCAAAAAGAAGCAGACAAAAGUGUCCAGUAUCUUGGGUAUUUCAAAUUUCAUUUUAUUAACAAUGCAUCCCUUUGAUAGGAUUGUAUGUUUCUUUAGGUCAUCAAUGCCCCCAAAAACAUACUGUACACAUUAUACAAGGGAAACCACGAUUCAGGCAAAAAAAAAAAAAAAAAGAAAAAAGAAAAAAAAACUUUUUAAAUUAUAA